AUGUCUGUGAGCAGUUUGGUACGAGGCUGGAGCUGUCACAAUCUGCCCCGCUCACUAAUCUGCUCUGCUAAUGCACAACAGUUGUUCCCAGUUUGUGUUUCAGGUGGGCGUGUCAGAGAGCCAGCUGCUCCUGAUCUCCUGAUCAGAGGACCAGGGGUACUUAAGGAGCGGUGUGAAACAACUCCAGUGCCGGUCGAUACUCGCCUUUGGGAUUACUCACCGCUGUCUGGAGUUGUUAAUUCCACUACACGUCGCUCACCGUCCCCUGGUCUCCUCGCUCUCUGCCGCUCGCCUGUCAUCCUACCUGCCUGCCUACCAAUCUUCACCUCCGGAUCUACAGCAUUACCUGCCUUCCUGUCUACCACAUGCCCGUUCACGUAUCUCUGUUUGGAUCCUCAGCCUCGUCUCUGUCGCCGUUUGACUUCACCAUCCAGCCCAGUCUCUCUAAGGAUUUUAACCUGCCCAGUAAGAGAAAAUCUCCUAAAGCCAUUCCUAUUUGAUUCUCUGGUUCCAGGGUUUGUUUACUGUGAGUUUAAUCCCCGUUUGUUUUCUCAUCCUAGAUCGUGGCUUUUUCCUGUUCUCGUUUGGAGCAGCGCUUUUAGUUUCAUCACGUUCCUUAAUAAAUAUUAUUGGUUAUUUACUCACCCUCGUUUCCUCUUGUGA